AUGCAAAUGCAAAUGCAAAUGCAGAAGCAAAAGCAAGUCACUCUGCUGCCCCUCAUGCUGUGGUGCACCACCCGCCGAGACAACAUUCGCAAUGAACAAUCGAGGGAUCCGAAGAACGGACCGAAAGGGAGUCCUUCCACCGCAGCAUGGUCCGGGCUGGAAAGAGGGCUGGUUGGAUCUCAGCCACUGUCGAAAGCUUCCAGAAUGGUCCCAGAAGCCAACGCCAAAUGGCGGCACCAGGGAUCAGGACACCCUUCUGCAGGGAAGCCAGCAAGCAGGAGGGAGGUGAACUCUGCAGCAGUCCUUGAAUAUCCAGCCCUCCAUGCAGCAAAUCCGCACAGAAGCAACCCGGAGCAGCGCUUGUGGGACUAUUAUUGGAGAGCAGCCGGCUCGCCUGCAGCCGUACUUGCAAUGCUGUCAACAAUGAUGAAUGCGAAUGCAGCCGCUCCCAUGGGCGUCAUGACGUGA